AUGUUUCACUCACAUGUGUGAGCGUCUAAGUGUCGUAGGUAAAUAGGCUCUAAGAGAAACACUUCCGCUGCCGUAGCUGCUUGGUUCCGAGGUACUAACAUGGCGUCCGCCGUGCUGAAGGUUGCAGCGGCAGGCUUUUCCAAAUGUUCUCGUGCCACCAUCCUGCGAGGACAUUCGACAACUGCCUCCCUCCACCAGGGUGUUCCUGGGUCGCUGUGGAAGCUGGGGAAGCUGAACCACAUAGCCAUCGCCGUGCCCGACAUGGAGAAAGCCACGGCUCUGUAUCGAGAUGUACUCCGUGCCACUGUGAGCGAAAAGGUCCCCCUGCCGGAGCACGGUGUCUACACAGUGUUUGUGGAGCUGGGCAACACUAAGCUGGAGCUGCUACACCCUCUCGGGGAGAAGAGCCCCAUCUCUGGGUUCCUACAGAAAAACAAGUCAGGAGGGCUGCACCACAUUUGUAUUGAGGUGGACGACAUUACAGCUGCGGUGGCCGACUUGAAGUCAAAGAACAUCAGAACCCUGUCGGCAGAGCCUCGGAUAGGCGCUCAUGGGAAACCGGUCAUGUUCCUUCAUCCCAAAGACUGUGACGGUGUGCUGGUGGAGCUGGAAGAAGCAUGAGCCUCUCUGAUCUGCAUGAACUGUCGGAGCUCUCCAUGUAUAUCUACAUAUUCCUCAGCCACUUUGAUAACACGGUGAUAGCGGUGUCGAAUGCUCUCUAUGGCACUUCUCAUUUCAGAAACUGUGUUCCUAACUCUCCUAAAUCUGUUUUGUACUUGUUUGAAUCAUUUGUUUGCCGUGUUUAGACAGUGUUCAUAAAGAGGAACUUCCACUAAC